AUGCCAUUUUAUCACAAACCAAGGGAAUUCACGCCACUAUUGAUAGCAGCUGAAAAGAAGGCCAAGAAGAACGGACUUCAUCACGCUAUUUUUACUUCGAGGUUCGACAAAUAUAUAGGCGAUUGGAAAGAUGAUUUGAAGGAAGGAAAGGGAAGGUUUUUAACAAUCAAAGGAAAAUUGUAUGAAGGCGAUUGGUACAAAGGACGCCGACACGGUUACGGGGUUCUGAGCCAGUUGCAGCCGAAUGGCACGUACUCCCUGAUGUACCGUGGCGACUGGGUGAGGGGGAAGCCUGAGGGCAUCGGCUGGGCGUACUUUGAAAACGGUGAACGAUACAUGGGCUUUUGGAAAGCGGGUCUACUGCAGGGCUAUGGCAAUUACUGGUACGCCGACAACACUUUUUACUGUGGAUAUUUUAGCAAUGACAUGAGGGAUGGAUUUGGAUUGCUCAUGUAUGCAAACGGGAACAGGUAUGAAGGACAUUGGGAGAAGAACUUGAAGAGCGGACUGGGAAGGUACUACCACAUGCGCACUGGCCAACUUCAGGAAGGUUGCUGGGCGAACGACGUGUGCAUCAUGUCUAAGAUGACUGAUAUCAUUAUAAGACAAGCUUGCGAUCAUCCAACACCUUAUCCUAUACCACCGCAUCAGCUGAAAUUUUCAAGAAAAAUUCUGGAGCAGAGCGAGCUCUGGCUCAAACAGAAGAAAGGAGAAAUAGAUAAAAACCUCAAAGCUUGCAUCGACCAAGUUUAA